AUGAUUACCACAAAUGUAUCAGCUUUCUGGUAUAGUGAUGAUAUAUGCAAUAAUAUGUUUUAUAUUGAUUAUUGUAUAUUUUGCUACAAUACAGAUGAUAUUAUGUAUUUUCUUUCACAAGUACCAUAUGAUGAUCGUUGUGAUUACAUUAGAAUUGGUCUUCAAAAAAAUGUGACAAAAAAAGAAAUUUUAAAGCAACAAGAUGAAUUUAUAGAAAAACAAUCAGAGAAAGCAAAAAAAAGAUAUGAUGAAUACAAAAAAGAACAUGAAUUUCAACAAAAAGAAAGAAGAAAUAGAUUAGAUUCAGAAGCUAAACAUUUAUCAGAAGAUGCACAAAAUUUAUAUAGAAAUAUUUAUGCUGUUGUCGAUAGUAAUGAUGUUACUCUUUUACAGGAAUAUAAUCUUUGUCAUGCAAUAUUAAAUGAGGCAAAAUUUAAGAUAGUCGUUGAGGCAUCGAGUUUUAUACCUGCAAGAUUUUUUUCUGAAACUUAUGAUGGUAAUUUUCAUUUUCAUUUAGUGGAAGAUCCAGAAAAUCUUUUAUAA